AGCUCCUCUAGCCAAAUCAGGGACGCAAAGUGCUGGCUCAGUUUUUAGACACCAAACAUCGAUCAGAAUAGCACGCCGGUGCCGUCGGACAUGCAGAGAGAGCCAGCAGAAUACACAUAAUCAAUGGGGAGGUCGCCGUCCUGCAGCAGUGAGCCCCCCUUGAAGAAGGGCCCAUGGACGGAGGAGGAGGACAGGCUGCUCGUGGACUACAUCAAGUUGCAUGGCACCGGCGGCAACUGGCGAACCAUCCCCAAGCGCGCCGGCCUCAACCGCUGCGGCAAGAGCUGCCGCCUCCGUUGGACCAACUACCUCCACCCCGACAUCAAGCGCGGACCCUUCACCGAUGAGGAGGAGAAAACCACCAUCCACCUCCACUCCAUGCUCGGCAACAAGUGGUCGGCGAUUGCAACCCAUCUGCCAGGAAGGACAGGCAAUUUUAUCAAGAAUUACUGGAACACAAACCUGCGCAAGAAGCUGCUCCACAUGGGCAUCGACCCCAUCACGCACAACCCGCGCACCGACCUCAGCCAGCUUACAGGGCUCCCCAGUCUCCCCGCCACCGCCGCCGCCCCCAGUAAUAGCCUCUCCAGCGUCAGCAUGCCCCCCAGCACCUGGGACAUGAAUGCUGCCCAGGCCCACGCUGACGUGGCCAGCUUCGCCGGGGGCGGUCUCAGGAUCAAGGACGAAGCUACCAGCUUCACCGGCAGUUACUCAGACAUGAAACCUCCUAUGAUCAAGGAUGAAGCCAGCAGCUUUACCGGCAGUCACUCGGAACUGAAACCUCCCAGGAUCAAGUACGAAGCCACUAGUUUCACCGGUAGCCACUCGGACAUGAAACCUCACAGGAUCAAGGACGAAGCCGCCAGCUUCACUGGCAGACACUCGGACAUGAAACCUCUCAGGAUCAAGGACGAAGCCGCCAGCUUCACCGGCAGUUGCUCGGACAGGAAACCUCCCAGGAUCCAGAACGAAGGCAGCUACUCGGGCGCUGGUGCUGGUUGGGACAUGAACACUCUCUCCAUGCGCCAGUCCAACGCCGCCAAGUUCCAUCUCCUCCAGGGCCAUUGUUGGGUGAUCAGUGCUUCCUUGGGCGCCAUGAGAGCUCUUGUUGGGAAGCUGGACAUGCUGCUGCUAGAUGAUUCAUCUUCUCAGAAAUUCUUCUCCAAGAGGGUGAUGGAUGGGAUGCGUCUCCUCAAAGAUGAUGUUGAAGAGAUAAGCUCCUACCUUGAUGAACUGUCAGAGGUGGAUGACCAUCCCCCAAUAGCCAUGUGCUGGAUGAAUGAGGUGCGUGACCUGUCUUACGACAUGGAGGAUUACAUUGACAGCCUUUUAUCUGUGCCACCUGACCAUUUCAACAAAAACAAGAAGAAGAAAAACAAGAAGAUGAUGACCAUAAAGAAGAGGCUCAAAUGGUACAAACAGAUCACAUACGUCAUGCAAGUGUCAGAACAUGGUGUCAAGACCAGCAAACGCGUUCAUGUUAGUGUUGUCCCUCGUCUUCCCAAGAAGCCCAAGAUUGCGGAAACAAUUUCAGAUUUCAGGAUCUAUGUCCAGGAGGCUAUUGAACGGUAUGACAGAUAUAAUCUCCAUUGUUGCAGCAACUUGAGGAGACGUACAUUCUUGUCCACUGGCCAUAUGCUUCCAAUGCACUAUGAAGAAACCAAUGAUCACGUUGUAAUUGAUGGCCGGAUGAAUGAGUUUAUCGACUCACUGGUGGCAGAUCAGCAGCAGCUCAAGGUGGUAUCUGUCCUUGGAUUUGGAUGUCUGGGUAAAACUACACUUGCCAAAGUGUUGUACAACAGAAUUGGGAUGCAAUUUGAUUGCAGAGCUUUCAUUCGAGUGUCCAAAAAGCCGGAUAUGCAGAUACUUUUCUGCGACUUGUUCUCGCAACUCCACCAGAAGAAGCGGCCAAUACAUGCCAAUUCUAAUGAGCUUGGCAUCAGCGACAUUAAUAUCAGCAAACAUCUGCAAGAUAAAAGGUACCUAAUUAUUAUUGAUGAUUUGUGGGACGCAUCAGCAUGGGAUAUUAUCAAAUAUGCUUUUCCAAAUGGAAACCGUGGCAGCAGAAUAAUAAUAACUACACAGAUUGAAGAUGUUGCAUUAACAUGUUGCUGUGAUCACUCAGAACAUGUUUUCAUGAUGAAACCUCUUGAUGACGAUCACUCAAGAAAGCUGUUCUUUAACAGACUUUUUGGUUCUGGAAGUGACUGCCCUGAAGAAUUUAAACAAGUUUCAAAUGAAAUUGUUGAUGUAUGUGGUGGUUUGCCGCUAGCUAUGAUCAACAUAGCUAGUCAUUUGGCAAAUCAACAGACAGCAGUAUCACUGGAUUUUCUGACAUACAUACGUGAUUCGUUGAGGUCACAAUCGUGGUCAAGUUCUACUUCGGAAAGAACAAGACAAGUACUGAACCUCAGCUACAAUAAUCUUCCUCAUCAUCUGAAGACAUGUUUGUUGUAUCUUCAUAUGUAUCCAGAGGGCUCCAUAGUCUGGAAGGAUGAUCUGGUGAAGCAAUGGGUGGCUGAAGCCUUCAUCAAUACACGAAAAGGGAAAGAAAAAGAUCAAAACUGGAUGGAGAAAGCUGCAGGAAUCUAUUUCGAUGAACUUAUUGAUAGAAGAUUCAUCCAACCUCUAAAUAUCAACUACAACAAUAAGGUGUUGUCCUGUACUGUUCAUGAAGUGGUACGUGAUCUUCUUGCACACAAGUCUGCAGAAGAGAAUUUCAUUGUGGUAGUAGAUUAUAAUCGAAAGAAUAUAUCACUUUCUCAUAAGGCCCGUCGGCUAUCUCUCCUCUUUGCCACUGCAAGGUAUGCCAAGACACCAGUAAACAUCACAAAGCCGCAAGUUCGGUCACUUAAUUUUGUUGGAUUGUUCGAGUGCAUGCCUUGUAUUGGAGAGUUCAAGGUUCUCCGUGUUCUGAACCUUCAACUAUCCGGUCAUUGUGGCGACCAUGACCCCAUAGACCUCACUGGGAUUUCAGAACUGUUUCAGUUGAGAUAUUUGAAGAUUACAAGUGAUGUGUGCAUAAAACUACCAAACCAAAUGCGAAAGCUGCAAUGUUUGGAAACGCUGGAUAUUAUAGAUGCACCAAGAGUCACUGCUAUCCCAUGGGAUAUUAUAUAUCUCCCACACUUGUUGCACCUAACCCUUCCUGUUGACACAAAUCUGCUGGAUUGGAUUGGCAGCAUGACUGACUCCAUCAUCAGUCUGUGGAGCCUUGGCAACCUGAACUACCUGCAAGAUCUUUAUCUUACCAUUUCUUCUACACAUCCUUCUGGCCAUCCAGAGAAAAACAUGGAAGCUCUGGGUUCUUUACUAGGAGGACAUGGCAACCUGAAAAUUAUAGUAGUGUCUCAUGGCCCAUCGGUUAAAGAUAUUGUGGUUCCUGGUGCCUCAAAAGUAAUCAUUUCCUGGGAUGAGUUGGAACCUCUCCCACUUCUCCAGAGAUUUGAAUGCUCACCGCACAGCUGCGUCAUAUUUUCCCGAAUUCCUAAGUGGGUUAAAAAACUUGGUAACUUGUGCAUUCUGAAGAUUGCAGUGGUGGAACUGCAGAUGAGUUGUGUUGAUAUUCUCAGAGGAUUGCCUGCCCUUACUGCUCUGUCGCUGUAUGUGCGGUGCGCGCCUGCUCAAAGGAUCCUCUUUGACAAGAUGGCCGGGUUCUCAGUUCUCAAGUACUUCAAGUUGAGGUUCACGAGUGGUAUCCCAUGGCUGAAAUUUGAGGCGGAUGCAAUGCCUAAUCUCUGGAAGCUGAAGCUGGGUUUCAAUGCAAUCCCCCGAAUGGACCAACAUCAACUAAUCCGCAUCGAGCAUAUGCCAGACCUUAAAGAGAUCUCUGUAAAAUUUGGGGGUAUAGCUGCUCUUAUAGAGUAUGCCGUGAAGACGGUCAUUAGUAAUCAUCUGAGAAAUCCUAGAGUCCAUGUGUGUUUGGUGACUUCUACUUCCUAUGGUGAUGAAAGCACAAAAGAGAAACCUCCCACCAACUCGGCGGUCGAGUCGCACAUGGCCGCCGCAACGUCAACGGAGACUCCGACCAGCCAGGUCACCACCGCCUUCGCCCACUGCGACAGUGUCUCGACAGAGGGUGCUGCUGCUUCCGGGGACGCAGAUGUGGAGACGCUCUGCCACCUCUCCAACAAUCUCGCCACCGCCUUUCGCCCUCCAGAAGACUUCACCUUCCUCGUCGACAUGCGUGCGUACCGCUCCGUGCUCUCCGUCCGGAGUCCCUUCCUUGAUGCCAUCUUCGCGCGUCGUGCCGCUGAAGGGGAGGGCAACCCGCUGGACCUCCGGGAGCUUCUGGGUGAGGAGGUGGAGGUCGGGUAUGAGGCACUGCAGUUGGUGCUCGAGUACCUGUACACCGGCUGCAUCCGCGACCUUCCCAAGUCGGCAUGCGUUUGCGCAGACGUGGACGGCUGCGCCCAUGUCGGCUGCCUCCCUGCCAUCUCGUUCAUGGCGCAGGUCAUCUUUGCCGCAUCCAUCUUCCAGGUUGCCGUGCUCACCAACCACUUCCAGCGGCUUCUCCUUGAUGUCCUUGAUGAUGUUGAAGUGGAUAACCUUCCAUUGAUCUUAUCUGUUGCGAACUUAUGCAAUAAAUCUUGCAUGCAUCUGCUCGAGAGAUGCCUUGAGAUGGUAGUCCGGUCAAAUCUUGACAUGAUUACUCUUGAGAAAGCAUUGCCUUCAGAUAUCAUCGAGCAGAUUACUGAUUCACGGCUAAGUCUUGGACUAGUUUCACCCGAAGAUAAGGGAUUUCCUAACAAACAUGUAAGAAGGAUACUCAGAGCUCUUGAUUCUGAUGAUGUGUGUUUAGUGAGGAUGCUGCUCAAAGAAGGGCGGACUAAUCUUGAUGGUGCAUUUGCAUUGCACCAUGCUGUAGAACAUUGUGACUCGAAGGUCACAAUGGAACUUCUGGAUAUCGGACUUGCAGAUGUUAAUCAUAGAAAUCCAAGAGGUUAUACUGUUCUUCACGUUGCUGCCAGGCGAAGAGAUCCUAAAAUUCUUGUCUCUGUUUUAACCAAAGGUGCUCGGCAUUCUGAUCUUACAUUUGAUGGAAGAAAAGCAGUUCAAAUCUCAAAGAGACUCACAAAACAUGGGGAUUACUUUGGGAUUACAGAAGAAGGAAAACCGUCUCGUGAAGAUAGGUUAUGCAUUAAGAUACUGGAGCAAGCUGAAAGAAGGGAUCCACAACUUGGAGAAGCAUCGGUUUCUCUUGCAAUAGCUGGUGACCGUCAACGUGGAAAGCUGUUGUACCUCGAAAAUCGAGUUGCUUUGAUGAGGAUAAUGUUUCCAACUGAGGCAAGAAUAGCAAUGGACAUCGCUCAAGUGGAUUGUACUUUGAAGUUAACCCUUGAUUCUGGGGCAAAACCUCCUCCGGAGAAAGAACUGGCAACCAUUGAUCUAAAUGAAACUCCUUUCCAUAUGAAUGAAGAACACUUAGCUCGGAUGAGUACCCUCUCCAAAACAGUUGAACUCUGUAAACGCUUCUUUCCGCGUUGUUCAAAUGUGAUAGACAAGAUUAUGGAUGAUGAACCUGAGCUGGCUCCUCUUCAAAGAGACGCAUCCACCGAGAGGACUCGGAGGUUCGGUUACCUGCAGGACGCGGUUCAGAAGGCAUUAAGCGAGGACAAGGCUAGUUUUGACAAAUCUGGGUCAUAGUUCCAAAACGGAUGACUCGGAGGUUCGGUGACAUGCAGGACGCGCUUCAGAAGGCAUUAAGCGAGGACAAGGGUUCGUCUAGUUUUGACAAAUCUGGGUCAUAGUUCCAAAACGGAUGACAUGACAAAGCAGCCAGAAAUGCAUGCUACUAGAGUGUGACGUGCGCCUUGCCGCGCCGUUUUUCAUUCAUGAAUUAACUCUACAGUUUUUUAUUUUGGGUGCGGUCUAUUAAUUAUGCAUAAUUGUCCACUGCCGGCCAUGUUUAAACA